AUGGCCCGCGCACUUAACGCUUGGAUGAUCAGCACAAUUGCAGCACCUGAGGAGAAAGCAACAGAUCAUUUUGCCACCCUCAUCCAGCAGCCACAACCUGCACGCUCCAACACCUCUUUACCAGGAGAAAACUACGUUUCCUGGGUACCGUACCUUCCAAUCUACCUCUUCCAUAUCCAAUCCUCUCUUCCUCCUCCUAACCCACCUCUUACUCCUCUUCCACCCCUUCCUCCUCUUCCUCCCCUUCUUCCUCUCCCUCCUAUAUCUCCUCUUCCUUGUACCCCACUUCCUCCAAUUCCCCUUCCUCCAUGCAUUGCUUCCCUAUCACACACGCUCUCGUCCCUUCCUCUCCCACGCCCCUCCCACGCGUCCAAGGGGCUAAUCUCCUGCUUGACAUUCUGUCGCCGUGCUCCUCCUUUCUUUCCGUCUGCUUCUGAACCCCACCCUUGCCCUCCUUCUCCUCCCCAACUACCUCUGCCUCCCCCUCCCCCUCUUCCUUCUCCUCCCCCUUCACCUCCCACUUCCCCCAAAGCCCCUGUCCUUAGCCUUCCCCAACCGUCAUCACCCCCUUUUCCUCCCCAACCACCUCUGUCCCCACAUCCCUCUCCCCUUACUGCUCCUCCCCCUUCCCCCCAACCACCUCAUCUCCGCCCCUUCACCCCUCCACCCCGACCCCCCUCGCUCCAAUUCCCUCUCUCUUUCCUCUCUCCGCUCCCACCGUUCCCUCCUCUCCCUGCUCCUACUUCUGCUGCUCCUCUCCUUUCCUCUCCUCCUGUCUCUGCUUCUGCUUCUGCUCAUGCUUCUUCCAUCUCUGCUCCUACUCCUCGUCCUUUCCCUGUCCCUGCUUCCACUCCUGUGCCUUCCCCUAUCCUUGCUUCUGCUUCUCUUUCUACCCCUAUCUCUGCUCCUGCUCCUCCUUCCCCUUUCUCUGCUCCUACUCCUGUGCCUACCCUUAUCCUUGCUCCUGCUCCUCUCUCUACCCCUGCUUCUUCUGCUGCUGGGACUACUAACUUCAUUGCUCCUCCUGCCCUCUUCUCCUCUUGUCCCUUGCUCCUCUCCUCUUGUCCCUUGCUCCUCUCCUCUUGUCCCUUGCACCUCUCCUCCUGUCCCUUGCUCCUUUCUUCCCCUUCCAGUCCCUGCCACUCCAGAUCUCCCUUCCAAUUCCACUCUCUCUCCCACCCCCUCCAUUCCCUUCCCUUGCCCUCUCAACACACUGCAGCUUUCUUCUGUCACUCCCUUACCACCCUCCCCCAUUCCCUUACCACCCUCUCCCACUCUCUUACCACUCACUCCCACUUCUCCCCCUCUCCCGUCGCCUCCUCCACCCACUCUGCCGCCAGAGUUUUGUGCCGUCUCAGAACCAUUUCCCACUCCUCCUCCUCCUCCCGCUCCCACGCCCCCCACUCCGCCCACUGCCCCUUCAGUCCUCUCCAUUCCCCCACCACCUGCCCUUUCCUCUCCAUUCCCCUCUCCGUUUCCCCACCCCCCUCCUCCACCCCCUCCCAUGGCCCCCAUUGCCUGUGCGAGCCUCUCCUCUCUCCUCCUCCGUAUCCCCAGCUUCAGUUCCAUAGACUACCUCUCACUCUAUCCCUCUCCCUGCCCCUCAAUCCUUCACUGUCCCUAUUCCUCUCCUUUAAACCCUCUCGACCCCUAUCCCUCUCUCCUGACCUCUCUCGACCCCUCUCCCUCUCCCUUGAUCUUUCUCGACCCCUCUCCCUCUCCCUCGAUCUCUCUCUACCACUCUCCCUCUCCCUCGAUCUCUCUAUACCCCUCUCCCGCUCCCUCGAUCUCUCUCUACCCCUAUCCCUGUCCCCUGAUCUCUCUCGACCUGUCCCUUUCUCCCAAAUCCUCUCCCAACUCCUCUCCCUCCUACUCUCUCUCACCCUCGUCUCAUCCCUUCCCCGGACCCUAUCGCUCCCCCUGUCCCUUUCCCUUUCUCGCCCUCUCUCCUCAUGCCUCCCUCUCUCAUCCUUCCCUAAACUCUCACCUCCUCUCCGUCGCUUUCCUUCCCUCUCACUCUCUCCGUCAUCCCUCUCCGCCCCUACCCUGCCUCUUUUCCUAUCGGGUUUUCCCCCUAUGGGCGCUGUGGGGGAAAGUGCGCCGUCUGGGGGGAGCGGUUUUCUCCCUGUGGGGGGAAAUGCGCCCUCUGGGGGAGGUGCCACCCCUGGGGUAGAAGCUGCUCCCUCUGGGGGCGAAGGUGCACCCUCUGGGAGCGGAGGUGCUCCCCUAGUGGGCGCGGGCGGAGCUGUUCCCCCUGCGGGCGGAGCUGUUCCCCCUGCGGGCGGAGGUGUUAUUUUUGGGGGCGGAGCUGCUCCCCCUGGGGGCGGAAAAUCCACCCCAGGGGGGAAAACGGCUGGGGGAAGAGGGGAAUACGUGUGA